AACCCCUUGGAGGCGCCUGAUGGCCCUUAACACUUUCCGUGUCUUUCCUUAUUGGGUGACCUUGAUGGUGAGCCUGGAACAGCUGCAGCCGCGCGAGCAGACAGGAGCACUUUCAGGGGAAGGGGUGGGGCGCUUGCCUCUCUACAAUUCUCUCACCCUGUAUGAGCAGUGAGAUCGGCAAACCUUACCCUUUUCCGCCACCCCGGCCUGGGCUUCCUCUGCUGCCCUUUCCUGGGCUUCUGAUUACCCUCCUGCCCUUUCUUCUAACACCCUUUUCCGAACGCCCUCCCCCAACCCUGGUGGAGAAGCUUGACCUUGGGAUGUCCUUGAGGCUUUGGAGCCUAGGCCAGCCCUGGGAUCUUGGGUGGAUUGGAAGGCCCUGGCAGUCAGAAGAUCUGGGUUGUAAUCUCAGCUCUGGCCCUUGUGCUGUGGGACUUGAAACACAGAACUUUCCCUUCUCUGGGUCCUUGGGUUGGGCCCUCUGCCUAUGUACCCCUUCUAAAUUCUAAAUUACUCCGGUUCGGUUCUGCUUCUAGGCAAGGUGACCCCAUGGCAGAGCGCAAGCCAGAAGGGUCCGGCUUCUACAUGACCCGUCUGUCCAUGGCUCUGGCCUAUUGCAUUGCCCCAGAUGCCAGUACGCAACCCCACCCACAGCUGGGAAACACCCAGCAACAGACAGUGUUAGGAAAGGAACUGACCGGCACCAUGCCCCACCAAUACCCAGCGCUGACCCCGGAGCAGAAGAAGGAGCUUUCUGACAUCGCUCACCGCAUCGUGGCUCCGGGCAAGGGCAUCCUGGCUGCAGAUGAGUCCACUGGGAGCAUUGCCAAGCGGCUGCAGUCCAUCGGCACUGAGAACACAGAGGAGAACCGGCGCUUCUACCGACAGCUGCUGCUGACCGCCGACGACCGCGUGAACCCCUGCAUCGGGGGCGUCAUCCUCUUCCACGAGACGCUCUACCAGAAGACAGAUGAUGGGCGUCCCUUCCCCCAAGUGAUCAAAUCCAAGGGCGGUGUUGUGGGCAUCAAGGUGAGGGGGCGGGGUCUCAGGAUGUGAGAGGUGAGAGAGCGCUCCGGGAGAGAAGGCCAGAGUAGUAGGCUGGGGAUGGAUGUUGGGUGGGGUCUGCCCCAGAUCACCUCCAAAGCAUAUGUGAGAAAAGCUACAAACUUA